AUGCGGGCCAUGCCUUCAAGAGUUCAUAUGUGGCGUUCUGCAGCAAGAUCACUGCGCUGGUUUGCGUGUGAUGCAGACCCUGCAGGGCUGCUGCAGACCCAGAGACUUGGGCUUCCUUUGAAUCAGCCUGAUGCUUCAAUGCGCUUGCUUAUCGUUUGGCACUCCAGGACCGGCAUGGCAAAGCAGAUGUCCGAAGCUCUCCUGAAGGGAGCUCAGAAAGCCAGAAGUGAGAUGGAGGCCAGCGAGACCGACUUGGCUAUCCAUAUUUGCCGAGCCAGAGAUGCGCAGAUUCACGACUUGAUAUCUGCGCAUGGCUAUCUCUUUUGCGCGCCUGAGAAUCUCGCAUCAAUGUCUGGGGAGAUGAAGGAAUUCUUCGAUCGCUGUUACUAUGGUGCUUUGGGUAAGCUGAAUGGCCGGCCUUUCGCACUGGCCGUUUGUGGCGGCUCCGAUGGGGAAGGUGCGGCGAGGCAGAUCAGCCGAAUAUGUCAGGGCUGGCGCUUGAAAAGCGUCACAGCCCCUUUGAUCCUUAGAAACGGAGCCCAAACUCCUGAAGCAGUGGCUGCAGCCAAGACCUUAGACACACAUGGCGCUGAAAAGUGCAUGGAUUUGGGAGGUCUCAUGGCAGCACACAUGCUGCUUGGAGUGCCAUAA